UGUGUUGUGAGUAUUGAUGUUAUGAGGAGAUGGAUGCCUUUCAUUGCUCCUGGUAAUACGAAUUGGAACAGUAGAAACAUAAUGGGUUUCUCCUAGGUGACCGAUAGUAAUAGCAGAAGGUGGAUCAUUUCGAUUAUUGACAGAUAAAGAAGACCCAAUGAAGCUUAUUCCUCAUCUCUGUCUGGCUAUCCUUUUGUCAUGGCAACACGCCAUUGCCCAAGACUGCAGAGACUACAUUUAUUUCAUGCCUGGCACCCAACUGCUGUACAACGUCAUCGAGACAAAACAGACGACAAAAGACGAGUGCCGAGAAAGCUGCAGUGAAAACCCGGAAUGUGUGUCAAUCAACUAUAAGCAGAAAGAAUCGCGAUGUGAGCUGAACAGCGCUUCCCACAUGACACAUCCGGGAAUGUUAAGACCGGAAGUCGGCGCAUUCUACGCUUUGGUGAAACCGCCGACAAGCUGCAGUGACAAUUACUGUUCAACGGGCAAGAGAUGUUUUAUGACGGGGAAAGGAGUGGCGUACAGAUGUGAAGUUUGCAAGGACGCACUUGGUAUGGAAUCAGGUGAGAUAAGCAACUCUGCUAUAACUGCGUCGAGCUACGCUCAUCAGGGCGUCAACACACACUCCAUGCCGUACUAUGCUCGUCUAAACAACGUUGGCCAGUCUGGUGUUUCUAACGGGGCCUGGCUAGCGAAAAAUCAUGUAGCUGGAGAAUACCUUGAAAUCGACCUCGGGAGAAAUGUGGCCGUAGAUGGGGUAGCAACCCAAGGGAGUCCGGGUGCUACGUGCCGGGUAACCAGUUAUAAGAUCAGCUACAAAACCGACCUCACAGCCUGGCUUGUGGUCAAGGAGGACGGGCAGGAAAAGGUGUUUCCAGGCAACUUUGACGACAACACUCCCGUCUAUAAUUGGUUCUCAUCGCCGUUUCUUGCUCGCAGAAUCCGCAUUGUUGUCCAAGGUUUCAAUGACAUCCCAGCUCUGAGAGUAGAGCUCUACGGAUGCAAGUAACUGAUGUUUUAGUGUAGCACGCCAGUAAAUUCACAUUAUAUAAAAUUGUGGUAAACACAGCUGAG